CGACAGCCAGAGCCCCUUCUGUGACAGGUCGUGUAUGUUGAUAACGCCAAUCACUCUGUGUACCAUAUUCGGGGUGCGGAUUUGCACUGCCUACUUGUGUCAUGUAAGUAUGAACGCCAACAGGCACUAGGGCGUUGUGACUCGUCGCGCCGCGUGUAGCGUAUGCACCCUGCGGCAGACACGUUGGGCGUACUGGCAGCCAUUAUUGCAUGCCUAUUCGGCGUUGUACUAAACCGCAAGGCCUCUUGUUCUUGGGCAUCAACACUAUUUCAAUCGUUCGUUUUCUUCGUGUUCUGCAAUACUGGAGUGAGUUUGUAGAACUGGAGUGAUUGUCGAGAAAACUGCGCCUGGAAGCAAUGUUUAUCGGUAUGCAGCAUAACAUUUGCAGUUACAAAAAGUGUAGUUUACUUUUGUGAGAUUAAAAGUGAUUGUAGCAGCUCAUUUUUACAUCUAUCAAGUGCUUGAAAGUUGAAGUGAUCGUUCAAGUUGCUGUUAUCGAAGUGCUGUUGUUUUCCUGGUUUGAAUAACCACAGUUACCCAAGCAUUUACAACAUGUAUCCAAACAGGCAUCCGGGCCCUGCUCCACAGCCAGGACAACCAUUUAAAUUUACAGUUGGUGAUACUUGUGAUAGAAUCAAAGAAGAAUUUAAUUUUCUUCAAGCCCAGUAUCACAGUUUGAAGUUAGAACUGGAAAAACUAGCCAGUGAAAAGACGGAGAUGCAAAGACAUUAUGUCAUGUAUUACGAAAUGUCGUACGGUUUGAACGUCGAAAUGCAUAAACAAACCGAAAUCGCCAAGAGACUUAACGCCAUCAUCGCCCAGAUUCUGCCGUUUCUGUCUCAAGAGCAUCAACAACAAGUUGCAGCUGCAGUUGAGAGGGCCAAGCAAGUCACCAUGACUGAACUGAACGCGAUAAUUGGGCAACAACACUCUGGAAUCGCACACCUAAUGAGCUUGCUGCAACCUGAGAAGAGAAACUCCAGCAAGCAACAAAUGCACGCUCAACAGCUGCCGCCUCAUGCCCAUGCUCCGCCUAUCCCCAUGAUGCCUCACGCAGCAUUAGCAGGUUUGCAACCUCCGACAAUGCCACCUAGCAGUGCUGCUGGAUUACUAGCUUUGUCAGGAUCCUUGACAGGUGGAGUUCCCACUUCUCAUCUCUCUGGAAGCACUUCCGGUUCUUCAGCUUCACUAAAGGAACACCGAGAUGAUAAACGAAUCAACUCCCUUAAUGAUGAUAGACAGCGGAACUCACUUUCUCCUCAUGACCGUGACAAGCAUAGAAGCCGUUCACCAGAGGUAGAUUUGGACAAGAAGCGGAGGCGAGAGGACAAAGUUGAUCAUGGCAGUGAGGAUGAGAAAAGUGACCAAGAUCUAGUUGUGGAUGUCGCCAAUGAGGAUCCCAUUUCCCCCCCAAAUCGACAGACUUCUCCAAGAGAAAAUGGAAUUGACAGAACUGUCAAGAGAGAACGACCUGCUAGCAGGAGUGGAUCUUCUUCCAGCACAGGGACUCCUGUUUCAGCUAAGCACAAGGAUCAUAUGAAUGACAAACCUCCUACACCAGUGUCCAAGCCAUUGACUCCAACAAGUUCUGGACUGCCCAACUCAAGUUCUGGUAGCCUGAAAGGUGUGCCUAAACCACCUUCCCUUGGUGCUCCAUAUGCAUAUCCCUUACCAGGAGGACCUUCUGGGUCUCUCCCUUCAAUGCCUGCUGAUCUCAGCUCGAACGCAAGCUAUUCACAAGGUGUUUUACAUAAUAAUAUUUCUCCUGCUCUCAACUCUUACCCUCGAUCAAUGGUUGCCUAUGAAUCUCAUCCAGCUAUAAGGCCUGCAGGAUUUGGUUCUAUUUCAGGAGGUAAACCGGCUUACUCAUUCCAUGUGAGUGCAGAUGGACAGAUGCAGCCAGUACCAUUUCCUCCUGAUGCUCUGAUUGGUCCAGGAAUACCACGCCAUGCACGGCAGAUUAACACCCUAGGUCAUGGCGAGGUAGUAUGUGCAGUGACAAUUAGUAGUCCUACAAAAUACGUCUAUACUGGAGGAAAGGGUUGUGUGAAAGUUUGGGAUAUUAGUCAACCUGGUAGUAAAAGUCCAGUGUCUCAGCUUGACUGUUUGCAACGAGACAAUUACAUUCGUUCAUGCAAGCUACUUCCAGAUGGGCGAACAUUAAUUGUAGGUGGAGAGGCCAGCACCAUUUGUGUUUGGGAUCUAGGUUCUCCAACACCUCGUAUCAAGGCAGAACUGACAUCCAGUGCUCCUGCUUGUUAUGCUCUUGCUAUCAGUCCAGACUCUAAAGUCUGUUUUAGCUGCUGUAGUGAUGGAAACAUUGCAGUAUGGGAUCUUCAUAAUGAAAAACUUGUUAGACAGUUUCAGGGACACACAGAUGGUGCUAGUUGUAUAGAUAUAUCCAGUGAUGGGACCAAGCUUUGGACAGGAGGAUUAGAUAAUACCGUCCGUUCCUGGGAUCUUAGGGAGGGGCGACAACUUCAGCAACAUGACUUUACAUCUCAAAUAUUUUCCCUUGGUUACUGUCCUACUGGAGACUGGCUUGCUGUAGGUAUGGAAAACAGUAACGUGGAGGUCUUACACUGUUCCAAACCUGAUAAAUACCAGCUACAUCUACAUGAAAGUUGUGUGUUGUCCUUAAAGUUUGCUUCUUGUGGGAAAUGGUUUGUCAGCACAGGCAAGGAUAAUCUUUUAAAUGCCUGGAUUACACCUUAUGGGGCUAGCAUUUUUCAGUCUAAAGAGGUUUCUUCUGUGCUGAGCUGUGACAUCUCUUCUGAUGAUAAGUAUAUAGUCACAGGGUCUGGAGAUAAGAAAGCAACAGUUUAUGAAGUAAUCUUUUGAAGAUUCUAGAGGCCUUUUUGGUGAAGUUUCCUAUGUUUGAGAAUCAACCAGCAGAAACUGUUGUGUAUAUUAUUGUAUCUAAUUUUACUAGAAAACCAUUUAUGGAUACUUGGUGACUGUUUCCAAUAUCUUGUGAAUCUUCCUAUGGAGAUUUCAUGUGCGUGCAUGUUUAUGUAUAUGUUUUUACAAAGUUAUUUGUUUGUGAAAACACAAAAGACAAGGACAGAAAUCUGGCUCAAACCAAGGAAAACCUUGUAAUCAAAAAAAUGUAUGGAGAAAAACCUAUGUCAAUAACUUGUUCCUUGAUUUGCUAGUCUGCAUUCCUAGGGAAACACUAUUAUCAUGUUUCAAAACUACUUUUAAGUGGUAAUGACAGUGUAACUGAUACCUUAGAAGUUCCUUCAUUACCAAUUGUUCUGAAGAGAAGCAAAGUGGAAAUAUUUUUGUAACACAGUAACUAGAAUUAUUUGUCUGUAAAGUUUUCUUGCUUGAAAAAUACACUUAUAUAAUGAUUCCUUUCCUUAGAUGCACAAAACCUUGUUUGAAGUUUAGAAUAUUUCUCAUGGGUGAGAUAACAUGAAAGUCAUUUGACAUGUAUUCUUACCCUUAUCUUUUGGUCUAAGAUAUUUUUGAAAUAAACUCAGUUAAUAAUCAGAGUAAUGUAACAUAAAAUGAUUUAGUUACUUAAAAUAUUUUUGUCAAAGUGUUUUGCAUAUCUCAUGUUUCCAUUUACCUAUUUAUCCUUAAAGCUAUUUGAUGGAUGGUUUUUAGUAGUUUAAUUAGGACCUUAAACAUUUUAAUGUAUUAUUAGUAAUGAUGUUUGAAAUAUUGUAACUUUUAUGGAAUAAAAAAAAGCCAUUUAUCAAACCUUCAGAAUUUCAU